AUGAGACGACCUCUUCCCCUUCUCGUGAUCCCGGCACUUUGCCAUUUCUUUUCGCUGUCGCAUGGGUGGAACCAACACACACAACCAGUGAAGAAACCGUCAAAUCCUGCCACCAGAAGAGACUGGAUCAAGGUGAUAGUUGCUACGGCAUGUAUAAUACCUGUACCAGUACUCCCAGAAGCAGCAUCGGCCGACACAACAACAAGCACAAGCGCCACAAGAGAUUCCGUCAUUGCCCCCAUUCGGUUGGCCACCAAGGCUCUUCAAGCCUUGCUAGACAACUGGGAGGAGUCCGUGGUUGAUUGUAACUACGCCGACGUUCCCCGAGAGUUACUCGAAACCAAGAAUAAGGAAGAGCUGUUGGAAAAGGCAAGCACAUUUGCCUUGUUUGAUAAGAGCGUGGCAGUCGUCACUUGCAAAACAUCCAAUAAAAAGAUACGGGACUAUCUGGGUCGGACGGGCAUUGGACCACUGGUUGGAUUGGAUAAAAAGUUGAGAUUGGCCUUGGACUUGAUUGAUGAUCCAGAUGACCUCGAUCCAUUUGUGCAGGCAUCAGAGACCAUUCAGCAAGCCCUCAGUCGGGCUGACAGCUAUAGCUAUACAGCGGGCGGCGAUUACUCGGCUCUCAAUAACUUUGAAAAGGAAGAAUCGACCAAAAUAUUGCAGGCCAAUGGCAAUUUGCAACAGGUACGACAGUCUAUUGGGAUCGCCGUGGAGAACCUUUCUGUGGUCUUGACAAUGCUAGACAAGACUUAA